AUGCAAAAUUUCGGCGGACCACCACAAGGCGGCGGCCCAGGACAAGGACAAAUGUAUGGUGGACCACCGGGCGGUCCGGCCGGCGGGCCACAACAAGGACCACCCAUGCAGCAGCAACAAUCGUCGCUGUUCAAUUUUCAGCUGCCACAGCCGGCUGGGUUCAGCUCGCAGCAUUUGCAACAGUACAAGCACCAACUGCACCAGUUCCAAACGCAUCGAACGAACGCGUUGAACGCGGCCGUCCAAGCCGGUCAACUCAACCAAUCGCAGUUCGCACACGAGAUUCAUAUAAUGAAUGAGAAGAUCACACAGGCGUACAACAAGUAUCAACUCACCGCCAGACAAAUGCAUCAUCAGCAACAACAGCAGCAGCAGCAAGGACAAGGCAGCUCCUCUUCCACCGGCCCCAACAACACCCAAGGACAAAUGCCACCACCGAUGGCACCAGCUGAGAAGAAGCGGAUGAUGGAGAUGCAGAAGCAGCGGACGAUGAUGGCUCAGCAACAAGCAGCGCAGGCUCAACAGCAGCAGCAGCAACAACAAGGCCUCCGUUUUCCACAGAAUGCCACGUUGCAGCAGCAACAACAGAUGCGGCUACAGUACCAACAGCAACAGCAGCAAGCUCAACAGGCGGCUCAACAGGCGGCUCAACAGAACUCUCAAAAUCAAGGGUAUCGAGGAAUGGGAGGUGGUCCCGGCGGACCCGGAUAUCCGCCACAAGGGAUGCCGAUGGGUGGUGGUUCGGGUGGGAUGGGUGGUCCCGGUGGAAUUGCCGGCGGACCGAUGAGUGUGCAGAGUCAAGGAGGACCUGGGUCGAAUAUGCAACCACAGACACCGCAAUCGCACGGUCCCGCAUCUGUAUCCAACCCGGCUUCUCAACAACAGCAACAAGGACACCCUGGCCAACACCUCCAACAACAACAAUCCCAACAACCCCACGAUGCCUUCCAACAACCGUCUGCGCCCGCUCCACCACCAGCUCCACCAGCCGAGAAGACGGAGCAAGUCAAGUACCAAGAGCUGCUCAAAGAACUUCGCGCUCAAUACUACGACGUGUUGAUUGGAAUGCAGAAACGGCAGGUGACACAGAAGGGAAUGGUUCCGAUGAUACAGAUAUUGGAUGGCGAGAGACAGGUCCCGUAUGAGCAGCUCAAGGGAUUGGCACCGUCGUUGCAGAGACUGAUGAUUCGCGAUUGUCCGACGUUUCCGUUGUUGGAGGAGUUGCGGCGCAUUGUUUUUAAGAAAAAGGAGGACCGCGAGAAAGCCAUCACCCAGACAUUCUCCUCCGAGAGAGAUCCAACAUUUUCGGCGGAAAAGGCGUCGGCUAGACUCCGAGCGAAAUGCCAAGACGACCCGUGUGGAGUUGCUCCGUGGAGCUCUGUGAAGCAUCUGGCGAUUCGAGUACCCGACGCUAUCCGAAUUUUGUAUCAGAAGCCGAAAGUGGAGACUCCGGAUGACGUGGAGGAGAAGAAGACGUUGAAACGAGCGAGAGGUGUGGAGGAUGACGAGAUGGAGAUGGAUAUAAAGGCGAAGAGAAUCAAAGGGGAGGAGGCGACGACGCCAGAGCGAGAUGAGGAUACCACAAUGAUUCCGGAGCAGUUUUUGAUCAAGACGGUAUUCGACACUCGCCAACCAUGGAUCAUCCCUCCUAAGGCACGACAGGAACUCCUGAAACUCUCCAACUGGACCGUCGACGAUCAAAGUCUUCCAUCCAGCUCCAAAACGCCGUUCAUCAUCAUUUGUGUCAAAUCCCCAUACCUCCUGGUGUCUCCACUGCGUGUCUGUCUCCCACACUCGUAUCCAUCCACUCCAGUCUCCAUUCAAUUCGACAAAACGUUUCCCGAGGAUUCAGAAUACGGAGCGGCGCUUCAGCAGUUGUACGAGAAGCAUUUGAGUACGAAGCCGGCUGUGCGCAGCCUGACGGACUUUGUGGAGGCGUGGCAGUCGGCGUGCGAGCAGUAUCUCGUCUUUAUGCCAAAAUAUCAAGCGGACAGUUCGCCCGAACAACUGUCCUCCCAGCAAUCCCAAAAAACGCCAGAAAUGCCGAAUUACGGACGUACGGUGGCGGCCGCUGGACCAGCCGUUGCUCAGCUCUCGACCCCAAAAGGAAUUGUGAUUUAA